AUGGCCAAUCUGCAACGCACCCCUCCUAAAACGGCAAGAACACCGACUAAAAACCUGACCCAAACUGUGUCUGAGUCAGACAUAAAUUCGGCAGUUAUGAUGAGUGAUUUUGUAAACACCAGAAGUAAACGUCCACGCCAUGAAGACUCGCCUCAAGAUGCUACAGAGAUAGGCACGGAAGCAUUGCACAGGGUGAUCGCGCAGCAGACGGAAAUGAUGUCUAAGUUGGUGUCUGAUGUUCGAGAAAUUAAAUGUCAGAAUGCACAAAUACAGUCCACAAAUGCAGCAAUAUGCAAAUCAAAUGAUGAUAUUGUGAAGUCUAUGGAUUUUAUGAAUAUAAAGUUCGAGGAGCUGAAGAAGGAAAUUGAGACCUUGAGGAAGGAGAAACAGGAACAGAGACAAUAUAUUGAAAAAUUGGAGAAAAAGAUACAGGAUAUACAACAUAAGUCACGGCCAUCAGGAAUUGAAAUUCGUAAUAUUCCACUGUCGGAAAAUGAGAAAAGCGCGGACUUAGUGAAAGCAGUAUGCGACAUUGGCGAAGCUGUUGGACUACACAUAUCCGAGUCAGAAUUACGUGACAUUUAUCGAUUGCCCGGUAAAUCUUCAAAUGGAUCCGACAAUCCACGUCCUAUAAUUGCAGAAUUCAACUCUGUUCAAAAAAAACAAACACUUCUAACUGCAGUCCGCACCUAUAAUAACGAUAAAGGUAAGGAGAAUAAACUCAACACUGCAGCUAUUGGCCUCGCGGGAACACGCCAACCAGUGUACAUAGUUGAACAUAUCCCUCCCAACACAAAAAUACUGUUUUAUCGGGCCAGGGAGUUUGCCAAGGCGAACGAUUUUAAAUACUGCUGGAUCUCAAAUGGGAAUAUUUUCUUGAGGAAAUCAGAAGGCGAUAAGCGACAAAUUAUCAACUCAGAGAAAUGUCUGAAUUAUAUAAACAAGUGA